GCAUUCUAUUGUUUUCUCAAGCCUACAGUAAACUACCUUUGUAAGUCUACUUAGAAUAACAACCGGUCCGGAAUAUUCUCAGAAUCUGCACGGUUGUUCGGGAUGCAUCUACCAUGUUAUCUCCCUGCCUAUUCAAAUAGAGCAUGGUUGGCUCGACCAUGGCCAACUCAUGAUAUACAUACCUCCUAAACUCAACCACCAUGGCCGCUGUUGUAACGGCAGACGAACUCCCGAGUGACUUGGAAAGAGGCCAGGGGAGGCCUAAAAGCACCCGCGCAGUCAGCUACGUGCGGGAUAUCACUUACAAAGUCCUACCGUGCUUCAUUGUGUGCCUCGUCCUGUUAUCUGCUGGUGGAAUCCUCGUCGCAACUGUCACCUAUAACAAGCCCUUGCCACGGGACCCAGUAAUCGUAAUCUCUUCUAUGCUUUUGGUGUUCUUGGUCCUCGCCUGGAUAGGGUUGUUUUACCUUUACCGCCUCAAGCGCUUCCCUCCCCUCACGCGAGGUCCCAAUGCUCCAGACCGACCUGCUCCCGUGGCGAGAACUUGGAAAGAUAGAGUUAAGAGGUGCUGCGAAUUAAUCAUAGAAAAGCUCAGCGACGACGAUAGCGCCGACGAACCUGAGCCAAACCUAGACCCGCCUCCUCCUUCCACACCUCCCCCUCCUCCGCCGGGGACUUCCAACAACCCGGCUGAGCUGGCCAGGUUCGAAGAUCAGGAAGUACCGAGGCAGGUGAGUAUAGGGCAACCGUAUUAUAGCCACAGGAACAACAUCACAUCGACACGAGGAGCUGACUGGCCGCCUCACCGUCGUCCAGUGGGUUCGGGCUCUAAUCAUAACCCCCCGCAACCCAACCAUACGAUACCCAAUGGGGUACGGCAAAGUGACUAUACUCGCAGUCCUGAUCCCCGUAGAGGUGGGGCGGGCGUUCGGAACCUGCAAGCUAUGUUCAAUGUAGGAGCAUGGAUAUACGAGCAAAUGGGUGCGAGUAAACCGGCGGCUGACCGCAUGCAGGACCCACGGGACAUUGAAAGAGCUCGAGACCACCGCUCCCAGACCUCUGCGUAUCAUCAAGACCCCCAAGGGGAUAACCGCCCCGUAGACGGGUCAUUCCCGACUCCCAGCCAUCCCGCUGCUACCAUAUCCCCGACCCGCGCAAAGCCGAACGGGCCACGGGACCCCCGACCCCCAUCACGAGCAACCAUGGCGGAAUAUCCGCGCGCAGGGCCCCCGGGGGGCCCGCGGAUCCAUUGGGCGUACAUACCAGACAGCAGCGACCAGCGCGCGCUCGCGGGGGUGCUUAGCUGUCUGUACAUACUCCUCGCCCACCAGCCGACCCUCGCCGCAGCCUCGCCCGCAAAACGAAGCAUGCCCCACGGCGACAAGAGCGGCCCAAGAACCCAAACGACCCCUCCUGCACCGUUGAAGGCCAGCCCGCAUCUAGCGGGCGAAGAAAAGGAGCCGAAACAACGCGAGAACCCUAGGACCAUGGACGACGUGAGGAGACACAUCGCGAAGCUGAGCAUGGUGUUAUUGCAGCUGCUCGACGAAGCGUGCCUGGAAGAAGAAGAGUUGCUGAGGGGACGCAAGUUAGACCGCUUGAGACGCGCGUCGGUUGAUUUACCGGGAAAGGCGUUCUCUGCGUCGGACCAGAGGGAGUCGAGAAGAUCGACUGAUAGCGGCGAAAGAUCUGUCAGCCCGCCGUCGACGGCGGGCUCUGCGAUUACCGUUAGUACCCUAGAUAGCGAGUUUUAGUUAUGUAGUGUAGAUGGUAUUGGAAACUGUUCAGGGGGAGGAUAUUACGGCCGAAAUAUGACAUAGGUACCUAACUAGAACGGCUAGAGUAUACAAAUAGGUGUAACUGGAAUAAAGGAGAAAGUCAUGUAUUCACAUUCAACAUCUUGUAUCUUAUAACCACUGUGUUUUCUGCAUUAAAAACAGGUACCUAGUAUUUUAUUCAUAUGCCUCGCGGAUUCUAUGCCUAACCCAGCGUAUGUAGGGACAUAGCUAAUUGUGUGUGUGUGUGUGUGUGUGUGUAUUAUGUGUGAGAUCGCUUAUAAUUGGGAUCCGAUUUCACGAAGCCUAUCCCAGAAGGAUCCUCCUGUCGCCUUCACAGGGUGUAACGAUUCCGGUGACAAGAUCACUGUAUUCCAUGUCUCUUCGCCAUCGAUGUAGACGGUGUACUUCAGGCUGCUCUGCUCACCUUCCGCAAACUUCUCGAUAGUGAUCGCGCCAAACUUGGAGUUGCCUACGUUUAUGUACCUGCUGAU